UAUCCACAACCCCAGAACCUCACAGGGCCAGCAGAGCUCCUCUUUGUGUCUGAAGGGAGAGGGAAUGAAGAAGUGAUCAGAGUGGAUGAUAGAGCUGCCCCGAGGAUGCUUGGAUUACUUUAAAGCUUGGGAUGCUGAAGGGCUGUAACCGACAGAGCAGCUUUUACCUCUAAACUUGAAUCUGCUACAUUUCCCAGCCCCUCCACAGGGCUUUUCGUGACCUUUUCUGCCUGCACACUUUUUCUCUGUGAGACUACAACUUAACUGUGACUUUCUCUGGGAGUGUGUGGUUUAUUUGGGACCAUGCUCUCCCUGUGGUUGUUCCUGCUUUCCUGCCUGAGCCUUGUGCCCCUGGCCCCAGCUGAAAAGGGCCUGGAGUUCCCACAGUACGACGGGAAAGACCGCGUCCUAGAUAUCAAUGACAAGAACUACAAGAAAGCCUUGAAGCAGCACAGCAUGCUCUGUCUGUACUACCAUGAGCCCAUACCGGACAGCAAGGAGCUACAGAAGCAACAUCAGAUGAGAGAGCUGGUGCUUGAGCUUGCAGCUCAGGUUAUGGAAGAAAAGGACAUCGGGUUUGGAAUGGUCGACUCCCACAAAGAUGCAAAGGUGGCAAAAAAGCUAGGUCUUGAGGAGCAGGGCAGUGUCUAUGUUUUUAAGGCAGAUCGUGUCAUUGAGUUUGAUGGCUUGCUUUCUGCUAACACCAUAGUGGAGUUCUUGUUGGAUUUGUUGGAGGAGCCAGUGGAGGUGAUAGAUAAUGCUCUGGAGCUGAGAGCCUUUGAUAGGAUGGAGGAGGACAUCCGCCUCGUAGGUUACUUCAAGAGCGAGGACUCAGAGCACUAUGAGGCGUUCAAAGAAGCGGCAGAGCAGUUCCAGCCCUACAUCAAGUUCUUUGCAACAUUUGAGAAAUCGGUGGCCAAAGAGCUGACGCUGAAGCUGAAUGAGGUCGAUUUCUAUGAGCCCUUCAUGGAGGAGCCGGUCACCAUCCCAGGCAAGCCUCACUCUGAGGAGGAACUAGUGGACUUUAUCACAGAGCACAGACGACCAACUCUGAGAAAACUACGCGCAGAAGAUAUGUUUGAGACCUGGGAGGAUGACAUUGAUGGCAUUCACAUUGUUGCUUUUGCAGAGGAAGAGGAUCCUGAUGGUUUUGAGUUCUUGGAGAUCCUGAAGGAGGUGGCCAGAGACAACACGCAGGUACCUGAACUCAGCAUCGUCUGGAUCGACCCUGACGACUUCCCCCUGCUCAUCCCCUACUGGGAGAAGACCUUCAAAGUGGACCUGUUCAGGCCUCAGAUCGGAGUCGUCAACGUCACAGAUGCUGACAGCGUGUGGAUGGAGAUGGACGAUGACGAGGAUCUGCCCACAGCACAGGAGCUGGAGGACUGGAUCGAGGACGUACUAUCUGGUAAAGUCAACACAGAGGAUGACGAUGAUGACGAAGAUGAUGAUGAUGAUAAUGAUGACGAUGAAGAUGAGGAGGAAGAGGACGAUGAUGAAGACAAUGACGAAAAUGACGAUGAGGAUAAUGAUGAGGAGGAUGAUGGUGAUGAAGAGGAUGAGGAUGAAGAUAAUGAAGAUGAGGAUGAAGAUGAUGACGAUGAUGAUGAGUAAUCUGCUGUUUGGGAACAGUAGAACUUAUCCAUUUCUAUUCUUCAGACCUAGUUUAACAAACUGUACAGCUAAAUAACUUUUCACAGACAUAUAAUUCCAAAUGUGUCCUGAAUAUUUGCAGCUAGGAAUGAAAAGAAAUCUGUUUAAUAUCCAACAUUUCUUUUGACCAUGUAAAUAAGCCUGGAAUAGGUUUUGGGAUUCAAAAUAAAUUAUGUGUACACUUA